AUGAAAAAAUUCCUGCGUCGUUUUUCAGCGGCUGCUGCGCCAGCUGUUUUCGCUUCUCCUCUGGAGGUACUGACUGCACGAGACCAGGCGCUAGCAAAGGACGGUGAAGAAGUUAAAGUUCCGACAGUGCUACGAAAAUUUGUUACAUUCUUAAGCUCAGAGCAGGCUCUACGAACAGAAGGGAUCUUUAGGGUUGCAGGAUCUACCAAGGUUGUCAAGGAUCUGAGGGAGCGUAUAGAGAAGACGGGUGCCGUGGACUUUUAUGACGUGCCCGAGCAGGACAUACCCUCUGUUGCCUCCCUUUUCAAACAAUGGAUACGAGAGUUGCCCGAAGCUCUGGUGCCUGAGCGAUAUUUCCAAGAGCUACAAGAUGCUGCAGGGUCCGCUGAAGACAUGCAAAUGGUGCUGCAAACACUCCCUCCACAAAACCGCUCCGCGUUCAAGUACCUUCUACUAUACCUCCUCCGCGUAGCAUUCUACUCUUCCGAAAACAAAAUGACCACAUCAAACAUCUCAGUCGUCUUUGCUCCGAAUAUCUUUCGGUGUCCAUCGGAGCCAAACAAACCGGGAAGUUCCACAACAUACGGAGGAGGGACCGAUCAGACUUCCUACUUUGCAGAAAGCUUGGUGGUUUCAAAGGUUUUGGCGUUCGUUUUGGAUCAUUUUGGGGAGGUGUUUGGGGCGGAGGAAACCGAUGAAGAUCUUUUGUUCAAAGAAGACAUUAAAAAUGCGAGCAUAAAGAAACAAGAGGAUACUUCGGGAGAUGGCAAAUCCAAGACUCAGCCCCGAAUUAUUUUGAAGUCGAGCGAGGCACCCGAUUUAUUUCAGGACCCUCUUGAUGACAAUACUGAGGAUUCCAAUACGUCAAAUAUAAUAGGAAACGACAGUGUCCCAAUGCCCUCGAUCCAAGGCGAGAAUCCACAGCCGUCUCAACGAAAUGUUUUCAGUAAGCUCCUGAGCAAGACCCGAAAGCGCGGCGCAACCCUAACUGAGACGAAAUCCGACGAGAUCGUCAAACCAGUGGAUCAAGUGUCAACAAAACGUCCAAGAUCGUCCUCCGAUCCCAUUGGAAGCGAGGGGCAGGUCAAAGUUUCUCAAAAGGCGUUGAUUCGCGAGCUCAAGAGCCGGCUUGCAAACUCGGCAGCAUCAUCCGGGCCAUUUCCUAUUGCAUCCAAGAAAAUGGAUACGGAUGAAGAGGACGAAGAGAAUGCAAAAGAUGACUCUGCGACUAAUUCAGACGCAUCAAGUGUUUCCGAACCGGAAGAGACCUCCAGUGCUUCAGAACUAAGAUCUAAUGAUUUUCUACGAAGCAGUGGAGAGUUGGCUAGCAGAAAUAGGACUUAUGGAUCGAAUAGCGGAACAGCAACCCUUCCUGAGAAGAAGCAGUUAGUAUUGCCCACAAAAAGUCGACCAAAACCUCCUACACGGCGUCCGCCAGUGCAGAAAAUCUCUCGGAAGCUCCCUUCUGACUCCGCAUCCUCCCACUCUGAAUCCUCCUCAGAAAGCUCUGAGUCCUCCUAUAAAGCCGGCGCAAAGCUACCCGAAUCCCGCUCUGCACAAGCACCCGCUGCACGUCCCGCUGCUCCUUACAACAAACGUAAAUCUGUCUCCUUCCAACUCCCUAUCAGUGACGACGUGUCUUCAAAUGAUAUGCAAACAUGGGAUACGGAAGGAAAUACCUAUGAAACAGAAACAACGGACAGCGCAAGUGAAGAAAGUGAGGAUCAAAGCGAGCAUGCAAGCGAGGAAGACGAUACGGACGAGCAACGUCAGCCAAAGGCGCGACGGGCACCAGGAAGGCCUGCCCCUCCACCGCCAGCGGCAUUGGUGAUGCAGAAGAGUCCCACUCGGGAGAUGGCGCAUCCACCUCAGGAUCGGCAGGCUGUUGAAAAGAAUGCGAGAAAGUUAAGCCUAAGUCUGAAUGACCUAGACUUACAGACAUCAGAACCCGCUGAACAUUCAACAAGCGCGGAUCGUCCUUCCCACAGCUCCGACCCAAAUCUCCUCAAAGACGCAUCAACCAGCCCCCGUUCAACUCGCCGCCAUGUCCCAGCGCUAUCCAUAGAUACCGCGCACUCGUCGGACACCAGUAUCUUCAAGCCAGCCACCUCACGAACUUCGCUUCCAUCUCCAGAGUUGUCUCGACGAAAACCAGAGGGACGUCGCGGAGAUACUGGGAUGACACCCAUUACACCCAUCACACCGUUCUCACCCGGGGGCCGAAGUGGAAGGCUGGACCAUAUUGUGAUACAACCUUCCGGAUUACGCCACGAAGUCAAGCGAGAUCUUGAACUGAACGCCAAUGCACAGGGACGAGAACGAAGUCGAACAAUAUCUCAUGCUCAUGAGAAGCCCCCUCCACAACCGCGCAGUAGAUCAACGACCAUCACCAGCAGUACAGAAAGCAUGCAAACUGAGGUGAAAUCUCUCUACAAAAAGAUUAAAGAAGCCAAGGACAGUGGAACUGCUGGACCAGAUCUACGUCCUAACAUGGCACGGUACAAGGAGUUGAAAACUUUGUUGCAAGCCGCUACGCUGACGUCCCCUACGCCAACAACCCCCGCACGACCUUCAUCAUCCCGGCCCGUUUCAAGCCUUUCCCAAACAGAAGCAGCAGCUGAGAAAGCACUUAUAAAGAGGGAACUUGUUAAUCUGAAGGAGUUAUACAAACACUCUGAACCGACUAAGAAAGACCGGGAGGAGAUGAGGGAUAUGUAUCAAAGAUAUUGUGCAUUGAAAGUUAUGCUCGAGGGUGAGAGCUCAUCCAAACCUGACGCAAGCAGAACUCAGCAAGCCAUGUCGCCAAAUCCGCCAAUGUCAGACAACCUCAAACAAUAUAAAAAGCUCCGUUACGAGAAAAAGCUCCUGCAAAUGCGCUUACACAAGUUCCAGGAAGAUUUCAUGAGGGAACAUGGAAGGGCAUUGAAGACCGCCGAAGAUCGCGCGCCCAUUGCUAGGGAAUACGCGCGAUAUAAGGACUUGAAAGAACAGCUAGCCGAUAUGGAAGCAAUGCUCAGUCCAAAUGGAUAG